AUGGUCGCACACAAUUCUAGAAAGAAGAGCACGGUGAUGAGGAACAGAGGGGGCCAUCGGAACAACUCGAGAAGCAACAGAGGAGGAAGAAGUAGAAAUAAUGGAAACUCGAAUCAGCAAAAUUGGCAACAGAGGGAGCCUCAAUUCGACCAGGGAAGAGGGAGAGAUCAAGCAAUGGGGCCAAGUAGGCCGGCUAAUCCUGGUCCUCAACAUGAGAAUUAUCAUCUUGAAGAUCAAAGAAUACCGCCCUGGGAGCCGAAUCAAAACUGGUCGUCUCAACAUCACGAAGCUGAUAUUAACAGAUAUGGCUUCUCAAGUAACGUCCAGCGAGAAGUCAUGCCUGGCCAGCGAUACCCACAAGUGCACGAUUACGAGCAAGAACAACCGCCACGAUACGAUCAUCAUUCUCAGAUGGAGCUAGAAAAGCGCCAGUCGAUUCUUCAACAAAAUCCUCACGGUGAAGAUUUGGAUACCCGUCGACCCGUCAGUCCUCGGGUCUUCUAUCAGACUUCUCCGCACAAGGAGUCGAAUCCUAUUCCCGACUCUCCGGUGUUUCUUCCCGGGAAUAAUGAGAGCCCGCGCUACUCUGAUCCCAACUCGAACGAGCGUUGGCACCCCCACCCUGUCGAUCAGCCAGGCAGGAUUGUCGAUAUUCCACCCCCGCCGCGUCCCUAUGAUCCGAAUUCGGAACCUGUUCAUUUUUCUAUUCAAAGGUCUAAUCAGGAAAAAACACUUGUGGAAAAUCCUCUCGAUGAAUUAAACCACCCGAAAUCCUCUUCCUCUCGUAAAUCUAGACGAGGUGGCAGGGACCGAUCGCGUUCUAGGGAUCGGGACUCGAGAAAACGGGAGGAUCACCAAAAGGGUGAUGUUGUAGUCGAUUACGAGGAGCCUUAUGAACCGGAAAUAAUCGAAAAUGAGGAUGAAUACGUACCGGCAAUGUCAACUGAUUCCAAUCAAUUUGGACAGAGACAGAAUCAACUCUGCAUCCCUGAAGAGUUCCAGAGAGUGACUGGAUACAUGACACAGGUUCUUGAAACAAUGAUGGAAAGACAACGCCUGGAAAUGAACCAGAAGCUAAACGAAAUGUUCAAGCAGUAUUUUCAAGCCAAAGAAGCUGAAUACACCGAGAAUCACUCAAAAGAGCCCGACGAAGACGACGAAUUAGACCGACUUCGCGAAGCCGCCAUGAAAAGUGCUGAAACGAAAAGAACAUUCUCCGUCGAUCAGACAGAGAGCCAACGUUUCGGGAGCUUCGCCGAGUUCAAAAAGUAUAAACAAACAAUGCGAGAGAAGGGUGGACGCGAGGAAAUGCUCGUCGAAAUCCCGAACAUUUCCGAUAACGCGGCCGAUAUCGUCGAUGCGGAGCUUAACUUAUCGAAUAACGCGGCGCAGAACACACAAUCGGAGCAGAUUCACACGGCAGAGCGUAAUCAGAAAGAGCCCUAUCUGCAGAUAUCAAUCGAAAACACGCCCACGCCGGCGACGAAGCCAACACCAAGAAAGGUUGGCAACCCUGACGAUCCUAUCAACACAAACACAACCACUGAAAAACAAAACAGCCAGAUGGAGAAAGAGAAUAAUCCCAAACCGGCAAAGGGGGCUCCUUUGCCGAUAAAAGCGUCUUUGAUGACCUUUAGGGAUCCGAAUCGCCAUUACUGUGCCGUAACGAAAACAUGGGUCAGCUCGAUUGGAGAGUUGCUGAAGCAUCUUCACUCUGAUGCUUAUACAAAAGAACUUCCACAAAGCGAGAAACCUUGGGAAAAACGACUAGAUGUUCUCCAGAAACAAAUCAAAGAACGAGAUGAAAUGCAAGAAGCUCUCCGAAAAACUCCGCCCUUCGCGCAAGGAUCAGAAUUCUUCAUUCCCGUGAAAGCGUUCAAAUGCAAACUCUGCGAGAAAAUCAUCCGUACAGAGGCCGAAAUGACAGCGCAUUUCUUGGGUGAUCAUCACAACGAAAAAUAUGAGCAAAUGAAGGCGAAAGAUUCUACUUAUGAGCAAAAGAGAUUAAAAAUGGUUCAAGAAGCUUUGAAGCGUCAGAAAGACUUGAUCGCGGCCGAAAAGGCAAAAAUUAUCAAACGUCGGAGCGAGCAAAAACGAAAACUAGAAGAAUCAGGCUCCAAUAACUCGAGCCCAACCAGUGCUAACAAAAAGAUAAACUCUUCACAACUUCAAUCACCUUCUUCACAAAUUGUACAGAACACGCCCUCCUCUCUCCUACCACUUGCUCCUGCGCCACUUCAGUUGCCGGCUGCGAUUUCCAUGGUCUCGCCUAAAAGAGAUAAACUUCCUCCAAAACAAAACAACACCUCUCCAGCUGGAAACAAUCAACGAGCUGAAACAGAGUCCCACGAAAGUUCUGUCAAAUCUUUAGACACGAGCAACAAGUCAAGCCCGGGCAGCGGAAGAGUAAAGAAACGAAGUGCAGCGAUUGAAAGAAUUCUCGCACUCAGUCGCAAAACGCUCCCGCGAACAGAGUCCAAGUGGCGAAGAACCUCGACCAUCAUCAAUCCCGACUUCGGAUCAAGCCCCUCCAUCUGA